GGAAUAGCGGCUUCUCAAACUUCUCUUCCACGCGGCAAUUUCAAAUUUUGAUUUUAAAAAAAACGCGGCUCUAUAAAAUCUCCAAAUUCAAAUUCAAAAUAGCAGGCAUUGUUGGCAUUGCAGAGAGAAACUUCUAGAAGCAAAUGAAGAAGAGAUCGAGAACAACGAGGAAGUCAUCGGCGAUGGAUUUUCUGUCAACUCCACCGGCAACGGCGGCAGCAAGUCCUGUCCAGUCGAUGAGUGAAUCUCCGAAGCCAUUCGAGUUUAAUUUCAAAAAAUUCAAAGCUGGUACGAUUUCGCCAACAUCAUCGAAGAGGAGGAGUGGAAAGAAGAGUUUUAUUUCUAGUCCAGUGCAGUUGAAGCCUGCUGGUGAACAAGCGUCGGUUAAAAAUCUGAAAUCAAUUGCGGAUCUGAAGGAAUUUGCGUCGUCUCAAUUGGAUUAUGUUAAGGGACAGAUUGAGAGAUCGCAUAUGGAGAUUCUUAAGGAUGUUGAGGCUUCUCAGUCUCGUCUUCAGAAACGACUCAAGAUUCAGACACAAGGAUGCCAGCAAGUGGCAGAUGAAGCAGAAAGGGAGUACAAAAAGAUGUCUGAGCGAAUCAAUGAAGGCAGGGAGGCAAUGAAGGGUUCAUAUUCUACGUUCAUGGCAGAACUUCAAGCUAGUGGAGUUCGCUUGUGCAAACAAACCAUCCCUGAGCUGUCACAAUCUGUCGAGAAAGCCAUAGAUACUCUCAGGAGUCGUUAUGGGAUCCAUUAAACUUCAGCUUGCAGAAGGCAUUGGCAUUUGAGGCAUAAUUUUUGAUUGAAUAGAUUGGAAAUAGGAAGAUGGAAUCUGAAGGGUGAUCUGAGGCAAUUUGCAGCUUAUAAUUUCAGUUUCUUGAGGAAUAAAUGCAACAUACAAAUUUGACGCGUACUCUUGUAAAUUCAUAUUUUCUAGAUGCAAUGUUGGAUAAUACUAAGAAGGUAAUCUGUUCAUCCCCGCUUAUAUAGUCCUUCUGGUAAUGUUCUGCUAGAAGUUAGAGCAAUACUUUCGUGCAUGUCACACAAACCGGAAACUAUGAAGGUUUAUAAACCCCAAGAUAUUUGAAAAGAAAAGAAACCUGGAAGAGAGUUUAUUUCCUUUUUAUA